AUGACCCUUCUCGCAUCGCUCAGCUGUGCUAACGAACGGCACGUGAUCGUCGGUGGUCUUGCACCCGUCGCCGCCAUCAGAGCCAAAGCUAUCCUUGCAGCAGGCGCUUUCCCCAUACUUAUAGAGCAGGCUCCAAGCGAUGAGCUUUCCAAAACACUCCAAGGACUCAUAGAAGAGGGCAAAGUGACACAUGUGAAUGAAGAAUAUACCAAAAACCAUCUUGUUAGCGUUGGACGUGAAGAAGUUGAUAAUGUCGUUGACAAGGUAUUUGUCACUUUAUCUCAGUCCCAGCAACUGCUUAAAGAACAGAUUUCUGCUGACUGCAAACGUCUACGAAUCCCAGUGAACGUUUCUGACUCGUCUGAGCUUUGUACUUUCACUUUGUUGUCUACGCAUAGUGCAGGCGAUUUCCAGUUUGGUGUUACUACUUCAGGUAAAGGUUGCAAAUUGGCACUGAGGAUUAAGAGAGAGCUUGUAGGAGCUCUUCCUAGUAAUAUUGCACAGAUUUGCGAUAGAGUUGGAGAGCUUCGAAAGCAGAUCCAGGAGGAUGACGCUUUGGAAGAAGUGGGUGGCCACGAUGACGAUGCUAUCAACACAUCCAAGCUUAAUUCGUUGGUUAAAGAGUUUAAUAUGACCAGACUGCAACAGGCUACACAAAGAUCACGCUGGCUUUCUCAGAUCGUGGAGUACUACCCGCUUUCAAAACUAGCAGACGUUUCACUUGAAGACUUGAAGGAACAGUACAGACAAGAUAAGGAAGAGAGCAUCCAGAGAAAGAAACAAAAACUCGAAAAGAAGGGAUCCCUUAGUCUCGUGGGUUCUGGACCAGGUUCUGUUUCCAUGCUUACGCUUGGAGCACUCCAGGAAAUCCAUUCUGCCGACCUUGUUUUGGCAGAUAAGCUUGUUCCUCAGCAGGUUCUUGAUCUUAUACCAAAAAAGAGCACCAAGCUCUUUAUCGCCAGAAAGUUCCCUGGUAACGCUGAGCGUGCCCAGCAAGAACUCUUGGAAAUAGGUCUUGAUGCUCUUCAGAAGGGCGAAAAGGUUGUUCGUUUGAAGCAAGGUGAUCCAUAUAUCUUUGGCAGAGGCGGUGAAGAGUUUAAUUUCUUUACCAGCCAUGGGUUCCCUCCCGUGGUGCUUCCAGGCAUCACUUCUGCCCUUGCAGCUCCAGUUUACUCGAACAUUCCAGCUACUCACCGUGAAGUGGCAGACCAAGUAUUGAUUUGUACGGGCACAGGGCGGCGCGGGGCGUUGCCCAACUUGCCUGAGUUUGUGGAGUCUCGUACAACUGUUUUCCUUAUGGCGUUGCACAGAAUUGUUCAGCUUAUUCCACAUUUAAUAGACGAAAAGGGCUGGAGACCGGAUCUUCCCGUGGCCAUUGUGGAGCGUGCUUCUUGUCCUGACCAGAGAGUGAUCAGAACGACAUUGGAAAAGGCAGCAGCUGCUGUUGAGGCUCUUGGAUCGAGACCUCCAGGUUUAUUUAUUGCAGGCAAUGCCUGUCAUGUUUUGCAAAAGAAGGGCAAUGAGGACUGGGUCGUGGAAGAAGGUACCCAGGAGCCCAAGUUGAGCGGGUUCUUACAACAAUUGAGUCAUCCAGUGGAGGGUGAACGAAUUGGAGUUCCCGAGACAAUUACUACUGACUUGAAGGUGCCUGUGGCAGCCAAGUAG